AUGAAAGUGAGUUCUCAACCCCUUCCAAUAUUCUUCCAAUAUUCUUCCGCCUCAAUUUACCGUCGCCCACAUUCGAUUUCUCUUCUGCCCGCGGUCGAACGAACUUCCGCCGAUCGUCCGUCUUCCGUUGACCGUGUGUUAUCCGCUGACGGUUCAACGUCGGCCAACUAUUUCGCCUCCGCCCACACUUCAACGUUCGCCCAAUCUUCUGCCAACAACCGGUUUGAACCAGAUAUGCUAGCAUUCUCAGGUUUCUAUUAUGGUGGAGGUAAAAAGGAAAGGAGAGAAUUUGGAGCUAUUCGAAGGCGAUGGAAAACAUUACAUCAAGUAAGCAACCCUGAUAAAGAAAGGAGGCAUGGAAAAUGUCCACCGACUCCAGAAGAGGUCCUCUGAUGCCGCCACAUCACCAAAUUUGCUUUCUUUGGCUACUUUUAGCACUAAUUGUCGCCUACCACUGACACCCACUUUGUCAUCUUUUGGUCUUAGGCUCUUGAAAUCUUCAACUAGAUCAUCUAAGGUUUUGCAAGAAUCCAUUGAAGCAGUGAAACCAUAUUUGCUGCAAUUGAUUGAUUUAUAGGCCUUUUUGUAGGUUUGGUAGCCAAAUUUUGGUUCAAAUGUACUUAUUUAAAUAGCUUGUCCGUACCAAAACAUAUAUGUUAAUUGCUUCAUUGUACAAACAUUGUACGAACAAUUGUACGAACAAUUGUACAUAUAUUAAAGUAUAUAUAUUAAAUCGUUAAUCAUUUUUGUCCA